UAUAACAUUCAUAUUGUAGAAACAUGCCGAAGGUCACUGCCCAUUAUCAGAAUUCAUAAGCAUUUUGGAUAAUGAAAAUGGAAUAGAACAAGUACAUAUUGAAAAUGAAUUAUCAUCGAUAGAAUCUAAUCAAAAAGAACAUGUAGAACUAUUUUUUUCCAAGCUCAAAAAAAAUUAUUCUUCCAUGACAACUCAUUGUACCCAUAUUAAAAAGAAUUGCUGUUCUUAUUUAAACUAUUGGCUAGACAAGAAAAGGAAAGAAAAAGUAAUAGGUGUUAAUGAUGCUGCAUGGCAAGUUAUUGAAAAAUUAUGGGGUACACUAAAAAAUUCUUCUGUUUCAUGUAAAAGGCAACAUUAUGACGAACCUUUGGUUGACAUGAAAAAGUGCUUUGAUUUUAUGGUUUACUGUGUAAAUAGGGAUGAACUUAAACAUAAAUGCCAACAAAAUGAUGAUGGGCUUAAAAGUACGUAUUGUGACAAUUUUAAUGCAUACACAAAGCAUUAUUAUGAACACUUUACUAAGAAGGUUACAUGUCUUAGAGAUACAAAUAAAGAUAUACAUUAUAACUGGAAAUUUUCGGAUACAUGUACUCUUCAUAAUAUGGCUAAAACAUUCCCAAAAUAUGAUAAAAGCCGUCAAAAAAUAGUAGAUGAUACAUCACGAUUGCCUAUAAAUAAAUGUG